AUGGCUUGCGUCGCUGCUUGCUCCCUUGCUGCCCCCGCCGCUGGCCUCGCGGGCUCCUCCCUCGCUGCCCGCAAGACCGCCCGCGUCCAGCUCAAGUCAGCAUUUGUUGGGCAGCGCGCCGUGGUGCAGGCUCCUCGCGCCGAGGCUCGCGUCACCUGCUUCGUGCGUGACUGGCUCCGCACCGACCUGUCAGUGAUCGGCUUCGGCUUCGUCGGGUGGCUCGCGCCUUCCAGCAUCCCCGCCAUCAACGGCAAGUCCCUCACCGGCCUGUUCUUUGAGAGCAUUGGCCCCGAGCUGGCUCACUGGCCCACUGGCCCCAGCAUUGACUCCCCCAUUUGGCUUUGGAUGAUCUUGUGGCACUUCGGUCUCUUCGCCUGCCUCUGGUGGGGCCAGAUCGGCUUCAAGUCUCGUGCUGAUGGCCUUGACAAGAUGUAA